CCUUGUUUGGUGUCCGGCCUAACCGCUUUGUUGGUUAUGUUUAUUGAUUAUUAAUUAUUAGAGCCUUAUUUAUGUUAACAAUUACAACAAUGAGUAUUAUUUUCGAAAAUUCUAAAGCAUGUUUCAUUUCUCAUAAGAAGUAUAUUGAUUCUUUAUAUAAUAACAUAGAUUGUAAACAUAGCUUCCAAUUAAAAGAGGGUUUGUUUGAAAUUUUAACCCCGUAUAAGCAUGCACGUAAUAUUUUAACGAGCGUUAGUAAUUCUUUAGAUAACCAGCUUGAAUUAGAUGCGAAUUACGUUAAAGAAACUUAUGAGAAGUUCAGUAUAGAACUUAUGAAACACAACAUUUUACACAACUCUGAUUCACAAAUCAAAAGCAAUAAGUUUGCUCAAAACAUGGCAGAUCAAGUUUACUAUGAAACUACCAAACAUAAGAAUACAAACUUUUUUGGUGCUAAUCCAGACACUACAACUGUUAAAGAAAUAAAUGCUACAAAAUAUUUAUUUCCUAAAAACUGUCAGUUCUAUGCAUUUGAUAUUCUGGAUAUUGAAAAGCAUCUUAGUGGUAAAAAGUAUGACUUAAUCCUUUUGGAUCCACCAUGGUGGAAUAAAUACAUAAGAAGGAAAAGGAAGAAAUGUGACUUUGCCUAUCAAAUGAUGUACAAUGAGGACUUAAAGAAGAUUCCAGUAAAUAAAUUAUUAAAAGACAAUGGACUGAUUGUUGUUUGGUGUACAAAUUCACCACAACAUUUAAACUCCUUGAUAAAUGAUGUUUUUAAAAAAUGGAAUGUUGAGUUUGUUACAAAAUGGUUUUGGCUUAAAGUGACAAAGUUUGGUGAACCAAUUUGCGGAUUCUCAAAACCACCUGGCAAGCAACCAUUUGAACAGAUUAUAAUUGCUGGAAAAACAAAAUGGAAAGAAGAAGAUAGGAAUAAAGUGAUUGUUAGUUGUCCUAGUGCUAUUCAUUCCCAUAAACCACCUUUAGUUGAAGUCUUAAAGAAGUAUCUACCAGAAAACGCAGAAUGUUUAGAACUAUUUGCCAGAUAUUUACUACCCAACUGGACAUCAUAUGGAAAUGAAGUCAUAAAAUUGCAACAUGAAAGUUUAUUUGAUGUUACUUGAGCAUAAAUAUAUUAUAAUUUUAAACUUUUUGUUUUAUUUAUAACAUUUGGAAUGAAAAUCCUUGAUGUGUAAUAAUACGUUUAUUUAUAAAAUUAUAUUAAUACACAAAUAACUUAACGUUUUCCUCCAACUCUGGGAGCGGCUUUAGCGACGUUCUUCGCAAUUUUCUGUUUGGGUGCUGCCUUAGCCUUAGCUGGGGCUGCAGCUUUCUUUGCGGUCUUAACAGUUUUUUUCUGUUCUUUU